AGCUACCUUCGCAUAGUGAACUCCCAGCAUAAACUUCCUCACGAUGGCUGCAACCGCGUCGAUGAGCAUUGGCGGCCAGAACCACGAGUUUACGCUGGCGAUACCGCCGCCACUCUUGCACGCUCGCUCUACCAACAACAUGAACGGACAAACACCGGGCACACCCAGCAAUGAUCACGAUGCCUUCUUUUCCCCCCCUCAUACCCCCCAGGGUAGUCCAAGCAAGAACAAGAUGCCGCCUGGAGCUUUCGACCUGCCUGACGUGUUCUCCAACGCUAUGAAGCUACAGCCAACCCAAGGUCAGCCAAACACGAAGGCGCUGCAGACGAAACAGCAAGGCUCGGCGUCACCGCAGAAGAACGUCGAUUUCGACCCUUUUGCCGGUCAAGACGCAAAGGGUGGAGCGCUUGGCAGUCCGCUUCGGAAGCAAGGCAAGGAGAACACCCCACCAACUCACCGACCGCAGAUGCAGCAAACACAAUCAUUCAUCAACCAGGCUGCCGAGCGGAGACAAGAGCCAUACCGCAACCGCGCAGAGGAGCACUCUCCGACUCGGCAGAAGCAGGGUACGAUCACAGGGGCCUUGACGCCGGAGGACAUCGAAAAACUGACGAAGCCGGCGGUAAAGCGUCUUGCAAAUGUGACGCAACUGUACUUCUUGGACUACUACUUCGAUCUCCUCUCAUAUACACAUAGCCGGCAGAACAGACUGCAAGCUUUCAAGCAACACAACCCAAAGCCAACAGAUGCAACAUCGCAGGCUGAGAAGGAGCAGUAUGAUACGCUUUGGACCGAUUAUCUUGGCCGCGAGCGCGCCAAUCUUCGCCAACGCCGCACGCGGAUGAAGCACGGCGACUUUCAGAUUCUGACUCAGAUUGGCCAAGGCGGAUACGGCCAGGUCUAUCUUGCCAGCAAGAAGGACACUCGCGAGAUUUGCGCGCUGAAAGUCAUGUCGAAGAAGCUGCUGUACAAGCUUGACGAAGUCCGACAUGUGCUUACCGAACGCGACAUCUUGACCACCGCUAAGAGUGACUGGCUCGUGCGCUUACUUUAUGCCUUCCAGGACGACAACAGCAUCUACCUUGCCAUGGAGUACGUGCCUGGUGGUGACUUCCGCACAUUGCUCAACAACACCGGCGUUCUGCAUAAUCGCCACGCUCGCUUCUACAUCUCCGAGAUGUUCCUCUGCGUGGACUCUCUGCACAGCCUGGGCUACAUCCACCGUGAUCUCAAGCCCGAGAACUUCCUCAUUGAUGGCACCGGGCACGUCAAGCUGACCGACUUCGGUCUUGCAGCAGGCUUUCUCGCGCCAGCGAAGAUUGAAAGCAUGCGCAUCAAGCUGUCCUCCGUUGGCGACAUCCCAGCUUCCUCCAUACCGUUUAGUCGACCGAUGGAAGAGCGCACGCCUAGAGAGCGCCGUGAAGGCUACCGUUCCCUGCGAGAGCGCGAAGUCCACUACGCCAAGUCGAUUGUGGGUUCGCCGGAUUACAUGGCUCCGGAAGUGCUGAAAGGCGAAGACUACGACUUCACAGUUGAUUACUGGUCUCUCGGUUGUAUGCUCUUCGAGGCUUUGGCCGGCUAUCCACCGUUCGCCGGAGCCACUGUAGACGAGACGUGGCAGAACCUCAAGCGCUGGCAAUCCGUCCUGCGCAAGCCGGAGUACGAAGAUCCAAACUACUUCCUCUCUCGCCGCACGUGGGACCUUAUCACCCGCCUAAUCGCCACCAAGCCGAAUAGAUUGAAGGGCAUUAAGGCCGUGCAAAUGCACGACUACUUCCGUGAGGUGCAGUGGGAUCGCUUGAGGCAGGAGCGUGCUCCAUUUGUGCCCGAGCUGGACAGUGACACAGAUGCAGGCUACUUCGACGACUUCGGCAAUGAGAAGGACAUGGCCAAGUACAAGGAGGUAUUGGAGAAGCAGGAAGCGUUGGAGCGUAUGGCCGACCGUGAGGGCGAUAUGGGCAGACAGAUGUUUGUUGGCUUCACGUUCAGGCACCGGAAGCCUGCGACAGACGAAAACGGCAGGCCAGCAAGCCCACGGAAACCGCUUUCGAAUGUGACAGAGGAGACUUUCGGUACGAUGUUCUAGGCAAAGAGCAUUAGCUUGAGCGUGACAUUGCAAUGCACUCCAGGAGAGUGCUUUCAAUUCGACAGUCGUAUUGUAUGCGCCGACGUAGGGUUCUAGCGAUCACUGUUCGGCAAAGCAGGCGUCAGCAUUGUGUAGGCGUUACUGGAUGGGAGACAGAGCAUGAGACAAGCGCAUAAUGAUACGAGCAGAGCGCACAUGGAUCUGAGGUGGGCGCGAUCAUGAAGACUGGGACGUAACCUUCUAUGAUUAUUUUGGACUCCUCGGUGCUAUUCGGCUUAUGAUCCUGCCUAUCCUCUGCCUCCA